GAAGAGGAGGAGGAGGAGGAGUGUGAUGCUCGGAGCUCGGCAGCCUCAGUCUGCUCUAACAUGCUGCUUCAUCAGGCCAGCGGUCAUGUGACUUCUCAUGGAGGAUGACCAGCUGGCGUUAAGCGCACUCCCAGAGGGCAGGAAGUCUGCGGUAAGGGGAGGGACCAUGGGAGAGGGAGGACCGCUCCACACCGAGGGGAACGCCCUCCUCAAAGCUGUCUUCCAGGGAAAGCUGAGGCUAACCCGCCUGCUGCUAGAGGGUGGCGCCUACAUCAAUGAGGGCAACGAGCGUGGCGAGACUCCCAUCUCAGCUGCUUGCAUAGCGAGCUAUGAUGACCCGCAGACCCGCCAGAGGAUGGUGCGAUAUCUUCUGGAAAAAGGCGCCGAUCCAAACAUCCCAGAUAAGAGUGGAAGAACGGCGUUGAUGCACGCCUGCGCCGAGCAGGCUGGGAAGGAGGUGGUCUCUUUACUGCUGGAGAAUGGAGCCGACCCCAGCCUCAAAGACUACUCUGGCUCUUCCGCCCUGGUGCAUGCCAUCAACAAGGGAGACCGCGACACUUUGCAGGUGUUGCUGGAUGCUUGCAAGGCCAAAGGCAAGGAGGUGAUCAUCAUCACCACCGACACAUCACCAUCAGGCACCAAGAAGACAAAGCAGUACCUCAACUCUCCUCCCUCACCGGGUAUUGUGGACAAGCUCUCUCCCACUUGCAUGUCACCCUCUGAGGUGGAGAUUGGGACUUCUGGCUCCCCGGCCACAGACAAGUCCAAGGAGGAAGAGGGAAUCUUCAGCUUUGCGCUUACCUCUGCUUUACCCUUACCGUCUGCACGACCCCCAGGGGAGAAGAGGCCGCCCCCUCGCAAACUAUUGAAGAGGCUGAACUCUGAGCCAUGGGGCUUGGUGGCCCCCUCAGUGUUGAGUGGAGUUCCCCAGGAGAGGGUGGAUGGCGGUCUGGAGGAGGAGGGCAGCUGUGAUCUUACCAAGACGAUCACAGAGAUGAACGGCCUGUCCAUCUCAGAGCCGGCGAGACCUCUCUUGUCACGCCGACACAGCAUUGAGACUCACGACCCCUGUUCCCCCAAACUCAUUGACCGGUCCUGCUCUGAGGAUUGCGCUGCUCUCUGUGGUUCCUCCUGGGCCGACAAGGUCCAACAGCACCAGAUUCUGUACCGCAGGAACACCGCCCCAGAGUCCCAGGAGAACGCUGGUGGAGCCGCAGCAGUGGCCGCACGGGCCCUGGCUCAUCCCAAACUGACUCGAAUGGAGCACUAUGAGUCGGACACCCAUCUCUGCCCUGAGUCCAUCCCGGGAUCUCCAGACUCUGGUAGAGUGUCAGUGGAGCGGAGGAGGUACAACGCCUCCCCACUCUCUCUGCUUACAGCCUCAUCCAGGGAGUCUCUGGAGAACAUUCCCAACUCGGUUUCCCCCAUGACCAUGCGCAGACGUCCCCUCCUGGAGAGGCGGGGUUCUGGGACCCUCCUGCUGGACCAUAUCUCCCACACUAGGCCCGGCUUCCUGCCUCCACUCAACAUCAACCCCCAGAGGCCCAUCCCAGAUAUCCGAGCCAACGGCAAGCCCACCUCACCUGUCCACUCUGGACACAAGAUACUGGUGCCCGUAGCCCCAGCCUCACCCAAACGGGGCCCGGACUUCAAGAUGAAGAAGAAGUUGAUGAGGAGGCACUCCAUGCAGACGGAGCAGAUGAAACAACUUUCCACCUUCCAGGAGAUUUUGUCUGAGAAGGUCAUCGAGUCAAAUGGGGAUUGAUUAAAGAGCGUGCCAAAUCAUGGCAUGAUUACGCGAUUACAUUUGGGGAGAGAGGUAUUUACUGUGAAGCCUUCUUCAUCAGAUCAUAUCCAUAAUCUUACCAAUGAACCUAAUUCCGUCUUCAGAGCACGCUUUGUUCUUUUAGAGUUUGGUUUGGCUCUGCCCUCUCUCUCGGUCAUCGUUUGCUGACGUUUCCAUGUUAAGACCACCAGGAUCACCUGAGUGUUUCCAGUCAGCACUAUCACAGGAAGCUCAUCAGGAAAAUGGGGGUGAAAAGUCAAAGACGUUUACAACACAUUUGUACGCUUCCUCCGAAUUUUCAUCCAUAUUGUUUAUUCCAGUUAAGCUGUCAAAAACUAAUUAAGAGUAAAGGAAAACACUUCUGACUUAUUAGAUGUUUACAAAUGCACAAUUUGCACCAAUGUCAUGUUCAUUUUUCCAUUGUGAAAAAUGAUAUUUUUGCCCAUGGAAUCAUUGUGUAUAUGUUAUUACUACUGGAAAGAACCAAGGAACAUUUAACUGGCAAAAAAGUAUGAGGAGAGGGAAGA